ACGUCGGCCAACUCAAACACCGCCACUCCUCCUCCCUCUCCACCGAAUGGAUUAAAACCUCAAUGGGAGACCAUUCUAUUUCUAUGGCGGUGUUUCGGUUGCGUCUUUAGCUUCUUCUUUUUCACUUUUAUUUAUUGCUAUUUUCGCUACCAAGAUGUCUCUAUUCUUUUGACUUGAGAUUUUUCUCUUCCAUGUUAUCUCUUAGAAUCAGAAUUUGAUUCCAAAUUCUUUGUUUUUGCAAUAAGAGUCUUGGAAUCCCUCGAAAUUAUUUCUUUUCUUCUCUUCUAGCUAAGUUUUCCUUUAUGAGUGCUGGGUUCCUGAGUUCUUGAAAAGUUUCUAGAAAAUUCGGGGGAAAUGGAGCGCUCACAGGUAUCGGAUUGUGAGAGCGGGAUUUCGGGUUCGACUCACGAGGUGGAUUCUCCUUUCGGGUUCGAGAACGGGUUGAUCCGAGUGGAUGAAGGGGAACAAGCUUAUCAUUCCAUCAAGCAGAAGCUGGUCUCGGGUCUGGGGGUUCUGGGUUCUCAAACUACGAUUCAGGGUGUUUAUAAGAGCUCUUAUCAGGGGUUGAUUAAGGAGAUAAAGCUUAAGAUUUUUGGGAUUUUUUCAAAAGCGGUGGAGAAGAAGAAUGGAGGCUCUGCUAAUGUGGAGUUUGCUUGGUAUGGAGCUUCUUCCAUGGAUGAGAUCAACGCUAUUCUUUCGCAUGGUUUUGCUCCUAAAACCAACAACGCUGGAAGCUAUGGCCAUGGAAUCCAUCUCUCUCCAUCCAAUUUUCCUCUUGGAAGUUUGAAAUCCGCUGUGGCCGAUGAGAAUGGUGUGAGGCAUUUGUUACUUUGCCGCGUGAUCCUGGGGAAGAUGGAGGUUGUGCCGCCCGGUUCUGGACAAUGGCAUCCCAGUUCUGAGGAGUUUGAUUCUGGGGUUGAUGAUUCAGUGGCCCCGAGAAAAUAUAUUGUGUGGAGUACCAACAUGAAUACUCAUAUCUUGCCUCAAUAUGUGGUCAGUUUCAGAGUCCCAGCCUCCGUAAAAGGGGUUCAACGAAAUUCUGUUCCUUUGAGGUUACCGAAUUCGCCAUGGAUCUCUUUCCCAGCUCUGGUUUCUGCACUGGGUAAAUUUUUGCCACCUCAAAGCAUGAAGUUGAUUACAAAAUACCAGAAGGAUCAUAGAGAGAGGAGAAUCACAAGGCAUGAAAUGAUACAGCAUGUGAGGAAAUUGGCAGGAGAUGAUUUGUUGGCUACAAUUAUAAAAGCUCAAAGGGAUAAGCAGAAGAGCAUCAACUGAAUUUUGUUCAAGAAUGAUCUCACUAAUACAGGAGCAAUGAAGGUGAUGCAUUCUGGGGGAAGUUAUAGAAAGAAAGAGUUAUUGACAGAAUCCUAUAUUUGACAUAAUCUUAUAUUUCUAUUUUUGUUAUAAUACAAUAGUUUAGUCA